AUGGAACUAGCUGAGCAUAGAGUUAUGGAGAAUGGGUUACCUGAGGUGAUAGAUGGUGAAACUUCUGCACGGGUACCCCUAAGGGAGGGGCGAGUCUACCCUUGCAAUCCUGCAGGGUUGGUGAGAAAGAGAGCUUAUAUAUUUGAUGGCAUGGGGAACUUUUAUCACAAGGAUUGGGAUCUAGCAGACCUUUUCCAAAAAGAAGAGAAGGAAGGAGGGUUAGGGGAAGGCCGAGGGAAGGAGUUUUCUUGGUACCAUGUCGAAUUACCGAAAGGAAAUCAGAAGUUGUCCCAAUCUGCACAAGACCUGAUUGGUGUUUUCUGCCCGCCUUUGAAACUCCAAGACAUUCUUUCACUUGUUAGCAAUGGACCCUUUUGUGCACAUGUAGAUGGGGUACUUGUCUUCCGGGUUAAUUCUCCUGGUCCUCCCUCCAGUGACUUCACAUUUAGGAUUGCUGCUAGAGUUACAGAACAUUCAGUAGUUACAGUGUCCUUGGGACGGGUUCCCAGGUUAGGCUUCUCACGCGUGGGUGAAUCACUUCUUUCAGAGAUUCCUAGUCUUGAAAAUUCCUCUUCUUUAAGAGGUCAGCAGGAGGAAAGAAGUGGGACAGUGAUCAAGGAGCAUGUUCUUGAUUUCUUAUUGACUAUGAAUCACUCUGAGGAAGCUGACAAUCCUGUGCCCAGAUCUGCCUCAAAUCUUGUAGUUCACAUAAUUGACACACAUGUAGAUCAGCUUCAAGAUCUUGUGACUAAGAUUGAGAUGGAAUUGGACUCUGUGGAGCUGGACUUGGAUAAAGGUGGUUAUGCUCUGAAGAAACAAAUGCUAGAUGACAGAAGAUUCCCCAAACUGCAUAUUAAUUUACAGCGUCUUUUGCAGGUGAUUGCCCAUGGAGAGCAAGUAUAUCUCCGAGUCAAAGAAAAAUGUUCUUCAAAAAGAUGGUUUGGCAGUGAUGACCUUAGCUCCCUUGAAGAACUAAUUGGAAGGCUAAGGAGGAUGAAGGAGAAUGUAGGGUUUAUAGUGAAUCGUGUCACAGCAAUUCAAGCCAGUCUAGACAGCUGGCAGUCAGAGCAAAUAAACAGGAAGCUGUAUUAUCUCUCCUUCCUUUCAAUAAUAUUCCUCCCUUUGUCGAUCAUAACAGGAGUCUUUGGCAUGAAUGUCGGAGGAGUUCCAUGGACAGGUCAAAAUGCCCCAGAGCUAAAAUAUGGUUUUCGCAAUGUCAUGUUACUCUGCGUUGCAAUGUUAUUUCUUGUACUACUUUGCUUCCUUUUCCCGGUCCUUUAUACCCGUAUAGCUGCUGCAUGGCGAAACAAGAGAGCUCUGGGAAGAAACUGGUCACUGAACAAUAGGAAGUCAUUGCUCAGGAGGUCAUUAAGAAUAGGAGAUCAGGAUAGAGGGGGAUAUCUUCGGAUUUGA